GCUCAAAGGUACUCCCCCUCCACAGCUUACGUUUUUGCCCCUUAUCACAGUCCCUCUAUCUUGUAAGCGCGAGUAUUUAAGGGUUGCUUGAAUGUUUGUAGACCUUUUAACUGAACAGGCACCUCUUCAAUCCCAAGUCGCGGAGAAGUGGCUUAUGACCGUCUGCGUUCAAUGUCCUCUCCAAUGACUGUCUUCAAUAUGGACACCUCUUACCUAGCCUUGCCCAAUAUGGGACUGGAUCUGCCCCUCUACGGGAUCGUCCUGGUUGCGAUAACAAGUGCAUUUGCCAUUCAAGCGUUUUAUCGCCUUUACUUUCACCCUCUGGCGAAGAUUCCUGGUCCCAAACUCACAGCUGUUACCUCCCUGUAUGAGUUUUACUAUGAUGUGAUCUGUGGAGGCCGAUUCCUCUUCCAGAUCGAGAAGAUGCAUGAACAAUAUGGACCCAUUGUUCGGAUCAAUCCACGCGAAAUCCAUAUCAUAGAUCCCUCAUUCUACCAUGAGAUCUACGCCCCAUCAACCCGCAAGCGCGACAAGGAGCCCUCCUUCGUCAACACGUACGGUGUUCCUUACGCAAUGGUCUCAACCGUCAAGCAUGACCACCACCGUUACAGACGCGGUCUGCUGACUGACUUCUUUUCCAAGCGCUCCGUGCUGUCUCUGUCACCGGUAAUCGAAGCGCGAGUCGAACGACUCAUGGAACGAUUGGAGGAAUAUCACGAAAAUGGCCGCGUAGUCAAUAUCUGCAACGCCUUCGGUGCCCUAACGUCGGACAUCAUCACGCACUACUGCUACGGCAAGCACUGGGGGUUCCUCGAGGACGAAGAGUUCCGCAGUGACAUCCGGACAGCGACAAAUGACUUUACGGCCUUCAGCCACGCGAACCGCUUCUUCCCGUUCUUGACGCCCCUGCUGCGGAGUGUGCCUACGAAGAUUAUGGCUCUGCUUAUGCCAGGCAAGGCCACCCUGUUUGAGUUCGAGAGGUCGAUUUUUCAGCAUUUCUCGGCUGUCAUCCAGGGGAAGGUGUUUACCCUCACGGGAGACCAUAACAUUGUGAAAAGACUGCACAACCCGGAAAUUCCCGCCGAGGAGAGAACGCUGAGUCGUCUGCAAGACGAAGGGUUCACUUUCCUCGUUGCAGGCACGGAAACGACGAUGCGUGCUCUGUCUUUUGCCGCGUAUUACAUUUAUCAGGACCGUGCGAUUCUGGAAAAAUUGCGGAGUGAGCUCAGAGAGGUGUUGCCUACACCAAACAGCAAAACAACAUGGCCCACGCUGGAGAAACUCCCUUAUCUAAACGCCGUGAUCAACGAAGCCCUGCGCCUCUCCAACGCUGCUAUCAUACGACUCCCUCGCGUGGCUCCCCACGAGACUUUGCAAUACAAGGAGCAUGUCAUCCCUCCAGGGACCCCGAUGAGCACCUCCAUCUAUUUCGUCCACCGCAACCCAGCCAUCUAUCCGGACCCGCAGAAGUUCGACCCGGACAGAUGGAUCAAGGCGGCUGAAACAGGCGAUCCUUUACACCGAUAUCUAGUCCCGUUCACCAAAGGGAGUCGAAUCUGCAUUGGAAUGAACCUUGCCUUUCUGGAGAUGUACCUAGCAAUCGCAUAUUAUAUUCGCCGAUUUAACUUGGAGAUCUGCGACACUGACCCCGAGAGCAUUCGGGUCACGCGCGAGAGGGUAGUCGGGUUUCCUGAACAUGGUGGAUUGCAGAUUAAGGCGCGGGUUACAGCUGUGCUGGAGGAUUGAUGUUCUUUCUAUCUUGUUUUCGUUUUUAAUUUUGGGGGGGGGGCAUCUUUAUCAUCUAGUCAGUUCUGAUUUGUAUCAUUGCGCUGUUUUGUAUUGCAUUCACUGACUGAACCCCAUGCUGUUAUCCUGUCAGAUUCUAGAGCGUGUAGAGCAUAGCGUCACCCAUCCAGUUUUUUUUCAAAUUAUCA